CUCGUAAAACAGAAGAAAAUCGUAACUAUUUAAAACUGAAAAACCCGUGUCUCCAAUCAUUCCGUUACAAUUUCAGCCUCAUGUUUAUAGUAGUUUCUUCGACUUUCAAGCUACUAAAAGAAACUCAUGGCCGGCGCGUGCACUUCCAUCUCCCGGCACGUGAUAGGUUCCACCACCGUCGAGCUAUCCAGACCCAGUAAUCGCAACGGAGUUGCUUCUUUUUCCGCCAGGAUCUCUCUGAAAAGUAACGGCGCCUCAGCGUCACCGGUGGCAGAGGGACCGUCGUGUAUAUAUGUUGGACCGGUUGAAACUGCUAGUAAAGAAACCCUGGAGGCUCUCUAUCGUCAAGCAAGGGAUGCAUAUUACAGUGGUCAGCCACUGAUAGUUGAUGACAUGUUUGAUAGAGUAGAGUUAAAAUUGCGAUGGUAUGGUUCAAAAUCUGUAGUAAAGUAUCCUCGUUGCAGUAUUAGGCGACAAUCCACUUAUGCAGAUGCUGAGGAUGAUAUAUCACAGGUGUUUGCACUAGCUAGUAUAUGGAUCGUCUUUCUCACAAUCGGCAGUUCAUUAUGUGUUGGGCCUAUUAUCUACAGUUUUGUUCUAGCUUAUCAAGAUGCAAUUAGUUCCAAAAUUUCCCAAGGCAGUCAAGCUUCUAUGGUACAAUUUCUCGCCACUGUGAAUGGUAUUCUCUUCAUGGCAGUGGGUACUCUGAUUGGCUAUCCAAUUGCAUCAUCUUCUGUUAAGGUGCUUCAGGGCCUAUGGAGGAAUGACUUGGUGGCACUCAAGGGGGCAUGCCCAAACUGUGGGGAGGAGGUGUUUGCCUUUGUGAAAUCAGAUCAAUCUAACAACUCCCCACACAGAGCAGAUUGCCAUGUAUGUGAAAGCUUACUAGAAUUCCGCACAAAGGUUGAGCGAACCGAUUCAAGGCUGGGUAGAAAUUGGGUCUAUGGCCGCAUAUACCUUGUAUCACGGAGACGGCAGAGAUGGAAGUAAGAUUUUCAGCUUAGUAUAUUCAAUUGAAAAGCAACUGUGUACGAUAUCAUGAUUCUUUCUAGUCUUGGUUCUUUCAUGAUCAAAUUGUGUAUGUUGAAGUAAUCCUAAAAGAGCAUCAUCCAUUAUUGGGCAAGUAAUAACUGAUAGAUACGGGAUAAUUGUAGAUUUCCACUUUCCUUAUGGUAGGAGGUCUUAGAACCCAUAGUAAAAUACAAAAUCUUUGUAAAAAUCAAAGAUUCCAAGAUUAUUCUUCAUUUCUUUGUA